AUGUCACUUCCGGUCUCACAGAAUAGCAUUAUUUACACUGAUUCCAAAAUUGUAACACAAUACAGAUUUUCUUUGUCAUGGCCAAGAAUCUUACCUGACGGAACAUCAAAGAAUAUCAACCGUAAAGGAGUAGAGUAUUAUAACAAAUUGAUAGAUGGUCUGAAGAAAGCUGGUAUCGAACCUAUGGUGACAUUAUAUCACUGGGAUCUACCACAAGCACUGCAAGAUGCAUACGGUGGUUGGCUUAGUGAGACAGUUUCAGAUCUUUUUGCAGAAUAUGCCAGAAUAUGUUAUAAGGAGUUUGGUGAUAGGGUUAAAUUAUGGAUAACUCUAAAUGAGCCCAGAGUUGUGGCAACACGUGGAUAUGGUGGCGGUACAAUGCCACCUGAGGUUGGAGGACCAGGAACAACCGUCUACACUGCAACGCAUAACCUCAUUAAAGCGCACGCAAAAGCUUAUCGUAUUUACAUCAACGAAUUUAAAGAGUUACAAAAAGGAAAUGUUGGGAUAACCUACAAUUUCCAUUGGCAAGAACCAACGGACAAAUCUAAUCCAGAAGACUUAGAAGCGUCUGAAACGGGUAACCAGUUUUUUCUCGGAUGGUACGCCAAUCCUGUAUUUGUUGAUGGGGAUUACCCAGAUAUAAUGAAAAAGAAAAUCGGGAUCAAGAGCAGACGUCAACACUUUAAUUCCAGCAGACUUCCAAGUUUUACCGAUUAUGAAAAAAAAUAUAUAAAAGGUUCCUCUGAUUUUAUUGGUUUAAAUUUUUACACAUCGGAAAUGGUAUCCAUGCGACGAACCCCUACAUAUAAAGUUGAUUACAGAGAUGACACAGAUAUUAUUGCCGUCAAAGAUCUAGCGUGGAUUGGGUCAGGAUCUUCAUGGUUGAAACUUACUCCUUGGGGAAUAAGAAAAGCAUUGAAUUGGAUGAGAAACCACUAUGGAAAUGUUCCAAUUUACGUAACAGAAAAUGGUAUAUCUGACAGAAACGGAAGCCUACAUGAUGAUCAUCGAAUAUUUUAUUAUAAACAUUACAUCAAUAAUGUUUUGAAAGCAAUACGCAUUGAUGGUAUCAACAUAAAAGGGUAUACCGCUUGGUCUCUUAUGGAUAACUUUGAGUGGAUGAGGGGGUAUUCAGAAAGAUUUGGACUCCAUUUUGUUAACUUCAGCGAUCCAUCUAGACCAAGAGUCCCAAAAGCAUCGGCUAGGUUCUUUCGUGAUUUAAUUAUUAACCAUGGUUUUUAUCCGGAACAUAAUUCGGGUGAACUGGUAAAGAUAACAGAGCAAACACCAGUUAUUCUACAAACUUUAUCGCCUUGUUCGUCGAAAUCGUCAAAAACUUCAAACAUUUUCUUGACUUUAAUCGUCUUCCAGUUAAGUGUCUUUAUGAUUACUGUAUAAUUAUUAAACAGUAU